UUCCUCGGAAACCUGAAAUAAUAUCUGCAUUCAAUCUAUUGCCUUGGGUGUCUCCCAAGAGUCUAGUUUGUUUCGCUUUGAAUAUGGAGUCCCUUUUGAUAGAUCUCAAGAAGCAAGUUACUUGCUCGAUCUGUCUCGACACUUACACCGAACGUAAAACUAUAUCAUGUCUUCACACGUUUUGUUGUGAGUGCCUAGCGAGACAUGCAAGAGUGAGCCAGAGACAAGGAAAAUAUCGAUGCCCCGAGUGUCAGGCUGUGAUCAAUUUACCAAACGACAAUCGCUUCGACCAUUUGCCCAACAGCUUUUACCACAAAAGUUUGCUGAGUCUUCUUGCCGUUCGACAGAGUGGUGAGGGAGAUAAUAUUACUUGUUAUCAAUGCAGCGUAACCAACCCUCAGAUGUACUAUUGCUUCGAUUGUGGACGAUUCAUGUGCCCUGAUUGUUUCAAAGCACACGAACUGCUUAAGAAGUCUUUUCAAGGACACAAAGUCACGUCAGUCAAGGACUUCAAAGCCGAAGAUUACGAAGCACUGCUGAAGCGACAGCCAUUCUGCACACAACAGUUCCACGAAAGAGAAAAAGCCAGAUUCUUUUGCUCACAGUGUCAACUGUCCAUUUGUCCGAUCUGCAUAGUCACGGAUCAUCAAAACCACAACGCCAUUUUGCUCGACAAAGCAGCACACGAAGAAAAAGAAAACAUCACGUCUGGCGCUGAGAUGGUCAAGGAAAAAGAAGCCGAACUUUGUGAAGUCAUCAAGGAGUUCGAAGAAACGAUUUCUGAGCUUGAAAGAAAUUUCGCAACAGCCAAGCGAGAAGUCUCGCGAACAGCCGAACAAAUGAUCGCAAAUAUUCGACAGCGCGAGCGAGAAGCGAUUGAAUCCCUGGAAACAACACGCGUGUCGAGACUUGAGAGGAUAAAUGCGGCUAAACAGGAAGUGGAAUCCCUGCUAAAACAAAUAAACCAAGCAGCUGUGUUUGCGGCGAACCUGGUUCAGAGAAGCUCAAGCUCGGAUAUCAUGCAGAAUAAGGAAACUUUAAAGCACAAAUUUGAAGAGCUUCGUAGAGUUGAAGCCCCAACACAUAACCAGACUGCAUUCGUUAAAUUUUUCCCUACUUCUCCAAAGGACCUGAAACUGGGUGUUAUCGUGGAUAUUCCGAUAGUCGUGAAUCAAUCACAAAUUGAAGGACUGGAUCAAACAUUUCAGGCUGGCGUAGAAGUAGAGUUCACGUUAUGCCCAAAAGCAGCAGACGGAGUGACGAUUAACCUGGCUGAUCUUAAAGAUCAAGUUGAGUUGCUGGUAGAACCCGCCAACGAUGUAACGAACGUAACCGUUCAAGAAAAAGAAGACGGCAAUCUUAGCUUGAAGUUUACACCUAAAGUGCCCGGUGCCUACAUUGUUGAGGUAAAGAUUAAUGGCGAAAAGCUUCCAACCUGCACAUUCACUUUACCAGUGAAAGAACGUGAACUUGUCAUACUUGGCGAGUUGGACUUGAAGUUCAACGAAAGCCAGGAGUUCAAGGGACCAUGUGGAAUAGCUGUCAACAAGCAAGAUGACAUUGUUGUCGUAGACACUCACGGACACUGUGUUUAUGUGUUCAAUAAAGAAGGACACUGUUUAAGACAAAUUGGAAAAGAAGGAACAGAUCCUGGACAAUUCAAAUAUCCCACUGACGUGUUGUUUUUAAACAACAACGAAAUU